CAAUUGGUCCAGUUCCAUCAACCCACUGUUUCUCGUAUUCAAACGCAAACAAAAAAGUUUCCAUCACUCGCGGAGUGCGUCAAGUGUUCGCGCUCAGCAAAGCGAUUCUCAGAAGAGUUUGGAACGUUUGUCGGGUCUGGUCGGAUUCCGAUUUUUGCUCCGCGCGCGCGUCUUUCAUAGGAACGUGGCAGAAAGUUAUAUCGUAAGCGCAUAAUUACGGUUGUGUUUUUUUUUUGUUUUCUCCACGCCUAUCCCGAGCGAAAGGUGAUAAGUGCAAUUACAAUUAAAAUAUAAACGAGUUCACGAUUAAGUUCUGAUUACGAAGGUAUGAAGGAAAGAUCCAUCUGCUGCGUGGUUACGGAUUCCAGACGUAAGCUUGUGUUUUACCAUUGAAUACAUCGUGCACAAUCAUACCAAUCGUACAUGUAAAGAGUGUAACGCUGAAAACAGGCAUAUGACUCUAGUAGUCGAAAGCCCUACAGGAGUGGUUGUACCCUUGAAUAUGGCGGAGGAGGUAACUUCUUAGUCCCAUAGAGGGUAGUGUCCCACUCAACGAAAAGAAGAAGAAAAAGAAGAAGAAACGCUGAAAACAGAGAUACUCAAACAAAAGACGGUGAUUAUCCUUCGAGACUCUCUUCUUCUUGGCUUAAAGACCUUAAGGUCAUGUCGGCCAUUUCUAGCUUACUAGAUUUAUUACCACCUAGCCGGAUACUUUUAAAACACAACAAAUAAUACGAUAAAAAAUCAACACAUAUCCCGGAAACAUCGAAAUCGUGUGUAAACGCCAUUGUAAUUUGUGUCGUUGUGGUGUAGUGCAGUCCAGUGAGUAAAAGCAAGAAGAAGAUAUAAUAACUCCAAGGGCAUCGUUUGUAAACCGCACCAAUGUUGUAAAUCACAGAAGGAUUUGCAACUUUGCAACAGUGGUGGAAGAAGAGUGUGUGUAUAUUUGUGUUAUAAAGAGUGAAGUGCACUGACGUGAACGCAAACGAAAGGAACCCGCUGAUAAUGCUAUCGCGCAUCGGAGGUGGCCAUCAGGUGCAGCAGUCUCCAUCGGUUCCACCAUCUCCUCCGCCCAUAACUAUGACCCAUCAUGGAGUACCACACGAGGUGGACGAUUUGGAUGAGUAUUUGUCCGAAUACAAGCUGCAGGUGCCUAUUGAACCCAUUGCCCAUUAUGCCGAUGGAGAACUCGAAGCAGAAUGGCUUAAUUCGGCAGGAUUUCCACAGCUAACCAAAGCAUUCGAAGAGGGUCGCGAGCUUUCGGUGACAGAACUAGCUCCGGUUAUCUCUGGUCUAUCGAGCACGCAUGCGGAAGCAGUAAAGCAGCGAGUGAAUGCGCUCAACCGCACGGUACGUGGUCGCUCGCGCCACCGUUCGACGAAGAAGCCAGACAUACGCAACGUUUUUCGGGAUCAAGAUGCCUCCAGCACGGGUACCCGGUCACGCAGUGCCACACCGGACUCACUUGACUCGUUACCGGGGGACGAUGCUUGGAAUACGCCAUCAAGCAACGGACAUCACCCGCACAUACCGCGCUUUGUAUCCGUUUUUGAUGGUAAUGGUGUUGUUCGUCCGACCCCUAUUCGUGGCAAACAACAUCUCCGCCGCACGCCCAGUGCACCGUUGCGUGGUUCAGCAGAACUAUUUCGUGGAUCACAUAUUCGCUGCGACAUCCCAAUUCACAAUGAGGGCAUUGAAUUGCUUAACUUCCAAAGACUGGGAACGAUUCACAUUCCAAGGAUUCGAUCCGGUUCAGAUCCAUCAUGUACGAUCGGGUACGAGCAAUCAUCCAAACCUGAUGAUACUUUUCCCACAACCUUACACUCUAAUUACGUUUGCAUUCCUAGACCCCACGCUGGUCAGCAUAUUUCAGGUACGCGAAGCCACACAAACCUGUACAACGGCACAUCCGUGGUCCGACGGGAUAACGACGACUCAGGCAAUUCGUCCUCGGAGCAAAGCCCACCGAGCUCGCCGCCACGCAAAAGUCUGCUCAGCUCAGUGGAGAACUCACCGCUUCGUACAUCGUUCGAACCGGUCAGCUUCGAGAGUAUGAUCAAGCAAACGACCCCAUCGGUCGGGGAGCAGUGGCAACAGCAGCCGGAAAGUGCCCGCGAACCCUGCCUCGAUAUCGACCAGAUAUCGGAGGGUGAGCAGAAGCGGUUGCAACCGCUACUGUGGCUCGAGUUGGCCUCACUCUUCGACAAAAAUCAUGUGUCACUCGACAAGCGGAAACCAUUCAAGCGGAAGCGUAAAGAGGAAGGCAACGUGUUUGGCGUUUCGUUGAAUGCACUCGUUCGGCGUGAUCAACAGAUAACUGGUGAGGAUACAACCUUGGUGCCGCUAGUACUGCAGGCCAUAUUGGCUGAGUUGGCAGUACGCGGUGCUAGAGAAGAAGGCAUUUUACGAGUACCAGGCCAUAAGCAGAAGACCGAAGCUCUGUACAACGAGAUUGAGCAUCAUUUUUACUGCAAGCCGGAAAAGAUCGAACCACUUAUCAAGAAGGCAGCUGUGCAUGAUCUCAGCGCGCUGUUGAAGCGCUGGUUAAGAGAGCUAUCUCAACCGUUAUUGGCCAACGAUUUGGUACAUCUCUUCUAUCAAACGAAUGUUUUACCCCCACACGAUCAGUAUAAAGCAUUGGCAGUACUCUGCCAGCUAUUACCACAUGAAAAUCGCAACACAUUGCGUGAACUACUAAAUUUCUUCCGUCGAGUAGUGGAAUUUCAAGAACUGAACAAAAUGUCUCAACAAAAUGUGGCAACGAUCAUUGCUCCUUCGUUCUUUCCUCCAAGAUUUGUUCAUCCACCGAAUAAGAAUGAUAUUGGGGCGCAAGUACGUAUGGCGGCCCAAUGUUUUCAUCUAACUAAUGUGCUCAUAACCAUGACUGACAGCUUAUGGUUGGUGCCGCAGCGUCUGAUUGAGCAAGGCAAGGUGACUAAUAAGAAUGGACAGCCCAAACGUCAGCUAACGCGUAAAGCGAAAAAUGGAAGUGGAAAUAUCAUAUCGAUUAACCAAAGUGCCACAAGCGGCGGUGAUUUCGUGUUCGACACCAACCACAUUCAUCGUUUAGUGAUAUGAUCGGCUACGGGCCAAACCCGUUUUAAAACAGGGACUUACCACCCACAAGCUUUAUCACCGACGUCAAAACCAAGAACUUAACGUUAAACCAUAUACACUGAUACUUAGUAUAUAGUAAAACCUUAAGAAGUAAUUACUAAACGUGGCUUCCAGAUAAACAGGGAACUGUCAUCAAUCGCUCGGUAUCAAUUUUAAAUGUAAGCUUGUGUCUCUUCGACCGCUCUAUUACCCAUAUACCUCAUUAGGCGAUAGGAACAACGAAUGCAGAACACUUAAGGUGCUCUAAACUACAGGUCAGGUACAAUUGGUGGUGCAAUUUAUCAACUUUUCGUAUAAACACUAAUUGCAAGAGUAAAUGGAGCCAGAAUUAGAGUUAAAUUGUAUAAAUAUACAAAUAAUUCGCGUGACGCGUGCUUACCAUUAUUUUGUGCGAGUUGUUCGUACAUUCUUCAUACUGGUCAUUUAGAAAUAAUUGAUUGUGGCAACGCGCAACCACGCUAAAUGUAAAUUUGUACAUAGUUUCGAUAUUUGUACAUCCGUACGUAUAUUCUGGUUAAGUCAGCAUUUACAGCUAUCAACUUUCUACUUUCGAUCCAUCGGAAAACGUUAAAUUAAUUUAUAUAUUUGGUUCCGGUAAGCUAAAUGCAAUUCGCUAAACCAUAAUAUCUUAACAUAAGAGCAUUGUCAACUGUAGGGGAUUAACCCUUGUGUUUUUGUAUUUCUUCUCAAAGAGACCUAUGUGUGUAUUCCAUGUUGUUCUAGCUUUGGAAUAGGUGUAGUUAAGAUUUUUUAAACACGAGUUCGUUUUAUCCCCAUGCUAGCAGCCGAUUGGUGAACAAAUGGAACACUUUCAUCUCAAAGCACUAUUUAAUGUCAGCAGUCUAUUCGUAUGCGUUAGCUGCGGGAGCCAAUUGGAUUGACACACAUUAACAUUAACAGGUUCGAGCUGAAGCAGUAAUGCAUAUGAAAUAAAACAGAUCGAACGAAUGCCUCAACACCUAAAUAUAACAUAGUACUAUCAAUCUCAUGACUUACAACACGCUUGCGUCUUGAAGAAUUGGACGAUCCUCGUUGGAAAUGAUCGCUAGCCAAACUUGCGUUGAAUUGGUAUCGGAACAUAGUCAACGACAAUAUUUAUUACAUAACCACCGCUAGAAGGAAACCUAACGUUUUCUUGCGAAACAAAUAUAAGGCAUAAAGCAAUUAUCACAGGUUUAAUUGGAUAGCCUUAUGAAUAUCGAUGUAGAAUAUGAUGUGUCUUAGGAAUGUAACUUCAAUCAGGUAACCUUAUUGAUCAUUUAUAACGUGUGAAAUGUGUGUAUGUGUAUAUAUUUAAGCAAUAAGCAAAAGUAUUUGAGUGUGGUGAACAUGUUGCCUUAAAUAAAAUGUAUUAUUUUCUAUAGUUGCGUUAUUAUGAUUAUUCAUUUCUAACAAAACCCAAUAUGGGAUUCACAAAAAUCUUUGUAUGUCGAAUUUACGCGUGUAUUGGAUCUUCCUGCAAUUUCAAUUCAAAUGUAGAGUUUUAGCGCACGUGUAAUGUUAAUGUAAACAUAAAUUCCAACCCUAGAAUGCAAGAUCUGCGACCAUAAACUGUGCUUUUCGCGAACCAUACUUCUUAAGUUUUAUAGGAAUAAAGACUGAGGUAAUAAGAUAUCAACCACCUAACAAA